AUGAUGUAUUUAUUCAUUCUAAGCGCAUUAGUUAACGAUUUAGAGUAAAUAAUUUAAAAUAAAAUUUCUAAAGUUAACUUAUAAAUAAAUAGAAUGGUAAUUGAAAAUCAUGAUAUUCAUUUGAUAGAUUUAAGAGCCCUAAAUUAAUCCAUAGAUGGGACCAAUAAUUGCAAAACAAUUGCAAAAUAUUAUUAAAUAACCUAUUGAUGGUAAAAUGUAAAAUAUAUUGUAUUAGGCGUUCAUGUGAUGUUCAACGAACAAGAUGUUUUUGAUAUUUAAGCAGAUAUCGAGGGUCCAGGUAAUUAAAAUAGAAAACAUUUUAGUUGAUACUCCGUUUUAAGGAGGAGUUUUCAGAUGUAAAUUAAUAUUGCCACCUUAGUUCCCAUAAGUAGCACCAAAAGGUAUUUAGAAUAUUUAGUUAGGUUUGUUUAAUACUAAAAUAUUUCAUCCAAAUGUAUCGGAAAAGGGGGAGAUAUGUGUUAAUACAUUAAAAAAGGAUUGGAAUCCUCUUUAAUGGUCGUUAAAGAAUAUUUUUGAAGUGAUUAAAUGCUUAUUAAUUGUUCCGUUCCCUGAGAGCUCUCUAAAUGAAGAAGCAGGCAAACUCUUUAUGGAAAACUACGAUGAGUAUUUUAAAAGAGCAAAAUUACUUACAAGCAUCUACGCUAUAAAAUAAGAUGGAAAUGUCUUAAAAGGAAAUAAUUAAGUAAAUAGCUUAAAAUAUUUAAGAAUGUUAAUGAUGAUCUAGAUAAGAAAAAUAAAUUGGCUCAAACCCAAUAAAAAAAAGAAAACGAUUAAAAGAAAUGGCUGAAAAGAAUUUGA